AUGGCGGCGGCCAUGGCGUGGCUGCGGCGCGGUGCCUGCGGCCCGGCCCGGCGGUGCGGGCUGGCGGCCGGCCGGAGCUACAGCGGCGGCGGCGCGUACCCCAGCGUGUCGCUGACGUGCCCGCUGCCCGGCGUGCCCAAGGCCGUGUUCGCGGCCGCCGAGAGCCGGGAGCGCUUCGAGACGCGGGUGACGGUGCUGGAGAACGGGCUCCGCGUGGCCUCCCAGAACAAGUUCGGGCAGUUCUGCACCGUGGGCAUUCUGGUAAAUUCGGGAUCAAGACACGAAGCGAAAUACCUCAGCGGGAUCUCCCACUUCUUGGAGAAACUGGCGUUCUCUUCCACAGCUCAGUUUGGCAGCAAAGACGAAAUUCUCCUCACCUUAGAGAAACAUGGAGGCAUUUGUGACUGCCAGGCAUCGAGGGACACCAUCAUGUAUGCAGUGUCUGCUGAUGCCAGAGGCCUGGACACCGUGGUCAAUUUGCUGGCUGAUGUAACACUCCAGCCCAGGUUAUCAGAUGAAGAAAUUGAGAUGACCCGAAUGGCCAUAAGGUUUGAGCUGGAGGAUCUGAGCAUGAGACCUGACCCAGAGCCUCUCCUCACAGAAAUGAUCCACGCGGCAGCCUUCAGAGACAACACAGUGGGACUGAAUAGGUUCUGCCCCGUGGAGAACACGGACAAAAUCGACCGGGACGUGCUGCACUCAUACCUGAGCAGUUACUACACCCCAGACAGGAUGGUGCUGGCUGGGGUGGGGAUUGAGCACGAGCACCUGGUGGAGUGUGCCAGGAAAUACCUGCUGGGGGUGCAGCCCGUGUGGGGCUCUGGGCAGGGCAGGGCCGUGGACAGGUCCGUGGCUCAGUACACCGGAGGCAUCAUCAAGGUUGAAAAAGACAUGUCAGAUGUGAGUCUGGGCCCUACUCCCAUCCCAGAGCUCACCCACAUCAUGAUUGGGUUAGAAAGCUGCUCGUUUUUAGAGGACGAUUUCAUUCCUUUUGCGGUGCUGAACAUGAUGAUGGGAGGUGGUGGCUCUUUUUCAGCUGGAGGGCCUGGCAAGGGCAUGUUCACCCGGCUGUACCUCAAUGUGCUCAACAGGCACCACUGGAUGUACAAUGCCACCUCUUACCACCACAGCUAUGAGGACACAGGUCUCCUGUGUAUCCAUGCCAGUGCAGAUCCAAAACAGGUUCGGGAGAUGGUGGAAAUCAUCACCAGGGAAUUCAUCCUCAUGGCAGGAGCAGUGGGAGAGGUAGAACUUGAGAGAGCAAAGACACAGCUCAAGUCCAUGCUCAUGAUGAACCUGGAGUCUCGGCCAGUGAUCUUUGAAGAUGUGGGGAGGCAGGUUUUGGCAACAAACACAAGGAAGCUACCUCAUGAGCUCUGUGCCCUCAUCAGUCAGGUGAAACCCACUGAUAUCAAGAGGGUGGUGACUAAGAUGCUGCAUAAGAAGCCAGCAGUGGCUGCCCUGGGUGACCUGACAGAUCUGCCCACAUAUGAGCACAUCCAGGCUGCCCUUUCCAGCAAGGACGGGCGGCUCCCGCGGCUCUACCGCCUCUUCCGAUAGAGCAGCACCUCCUGCCCGGCCUCAAAACCCCUUCUUUUUUAAUGGUUUAUUUGUUUUUUUGAUUCUCAUGUUGCUGUACCACCCUCCCUCCCCCCAAUGCUCCCAGGCAUUCUGUGCAGCCAUGGAGCUGAGCAAAGCUGCUUCAGAGCACUGGACUGUGAGGAGCUCGUGUAAGGAGCCAGCGCUGGCUCUGGAGGAGGAGUUUGACCCUGUGAGUAGGUUACAAGAGAAGAUGGGUGUUGACACCCUUCUCUUGGCUUUGGGGAGAGCAGAGCAAGCCAAAACCUUCAUCACUACAAUGAAAGCACAUCUCUGAGCAGUCACUGCCUCUUCAUCACCCCAGCAGUGGAAGUGGGGCUGUCACAUGAGGCCCCACUGUGCCCUUCCUGAGGAAUGUGUGGCACCUUAAACAGCUUGGCUUACAUGUCUGAAUUCAAAGAAUAUUUAUAACUGUUACCAAGGUGAGCAAAGACUUGGUCAAACUGAAUUAGGAAAAUAAUAGUUACUGUCCCUGUGAAGUUAGGCAAAAAGUUUCCUGCAAUCCAGAUUUUGUUACAAAUCACGGAUCCACUUCAUCAGUGUAAUUCACCAUCUGACAAGGAGUCACCCAUCUGGGAAUAACUUCAUCAUCUUGCUAGAGCCCCAAGGAAACCCAUGACAGAACCAAUUUUCUGUGGAGUUCCUCUGCAGAAGUACUGUACAUAAUGGACACUUGAGAAUGAGAUCAAUCUCUUUAGGUUUUUCACUUGGACAUGAACUGUGCUAAAGAAUAAAAGUUCUUUUCCUGCAGAGUUGCUAUACAAACAGUUAUUAAAGGAGUUGUUGCUGCUGCACCUUAAACUCGUGCCUCAUUUCCUCAGUGUCACCCAGAUGGACUUAAGGCCUUGCAAAAAGAAGACGCAAUCAGUCUCACAGCAGAGAUGUGGCUCAGCUGGAAGUCAAGAUAGCAAAAUCACAACAUUUAGAAACAUGAUCUUGACUGACACCACCUCACAGAAAGCCAAGUGCCACACGUGUGACAUGCUGAAGAAAUGGAGACUCAAAAGAGGAAUAAAACACUGGAUUUCUAUAAUCCCCUAAUACAUGGAUUUAAAAAUACAAGACAGCUGCAUUGCAGCUCUUCACUGCUAGAUGUGUAUGGUAAGGAGCAAUCCAGUUGGGAGUGGAGCACUGUGAGGCUGCUGUUACCUGCUUUAUCCCAUCCUUUCCUCGUGCAACUCAAAACGUUGCAUUGCUUCCUGCAGAGCCCACAGUGUGGAAGUCCUGUUCAGUUGUUGUGUAUGCUUGUGAGGAAAUAAAGAGACCUCUGAACAACCAGGGCAAGUAGUAAGAGUUCUGAAAUUCAUCUGCCAAGGGUUUCCUGAACAGGCAAGUGGAGAAUGCUUUGUUCAAUGCAAAUGAUUACAGAGAAAUCUGUCCCACCCCUCCAGCUGAAGACAAAUGGCCCAGGUCACCCAGUCACACACCAUGCAAAGAACUCUGGUUCUGACAACAAUAAAAGCUGAUUCUCAGUUAA